UCAGAGUGGAUCCUCUCCAAGCCAGAACACAGAAAGCCCCACUGCGAGCCUUGUUGUCACCCAGUCAGCCCCAGGCAGGGUUGGCAAGCUGCAGCCUAAGGCACAUUGUAACUUCCUCAGCUGGCUUCUCAGGGGACAGAAUGACUAAGAACAAUAGCCCAGUGAAUACUUAGAGCAGUGUUCUCAAGGAAUCCUGCAGAGGCGGCUUCUGAAAAGCCAAGGUAGUAUCUGCCUGCUGAAGGUGUUCUCAGGAUUUCAUUUGCUCUUCUCCAGGAACCACAUCACCUGCCCUUCUGCCUACACUCCUGCGUGCUGUGCCUAACCACAGCCAUCAUGCCUCGGGGUCAGAAGAGUAAGCUCCGUGCCCGUGAGAAACGCCAGCGGACCCGUGGUCAGACCCAGGAUCUCAAGGUUGGUCAGCCUACUGCAGCAGAGAAAGAAGAGUCUCCUUCCUCUUCCUCAUCUGUUUUGAGGGAUACUGCCUCCAGCUCCCUUGCUUUUGGCUUUCCCCGGGAGCCUCAGAGAGAGCCACCCACCACCUCUGCUGCUGCAGCUAUGUCAUGCACUGGAUCUGAUGAAGGCGACGAGAGCCAAGAUGAGGAAAAUGCAAGUUCCUCCCAGGCCUCAACAUCCACUGAGAGAUCACUCAAAGAUUCUCUAACCAGGAAGACGAAGAUGUUAGUGCAGUUCCUGCUGUACAAGUAUAAAAUGAAAGAGCCCACUACAAAGGCAGAAAUGCUGAAGAUCAUCAGCAAAAAGUACAAGGAGCACUUCCCUGAGAUCUUCAGGAAAGUCUCUCAGCGCACGGAGCUGGUCUUUGGCCUUGCCUUGAAGGAGGUCAACCCCACCACUCACUCCUACAUCCUCGUCAGCAUGCUAGGCCCCAACGAUGGAAACCAGAGCAGUGCCUGGACCCUUCCGAGGAAUGGGCUUCUGAUGCCUCUACUCAGUGUGAUCUUCUUAAAUGGCAACUGUGCCCGUGAAGAGGAAAUCUGGGAAUUCCUGAAUAUGCUGGGGAUCUAUGAUGGAAAGAGGCACCUUAUCUUUGGGGAACCCCGAAAGCUCAUCACCCAAGAUCUGGUGCAGGAAAAAUAUCUGGAAUACCAGCAGGUGCCCAACAGUGAUCCCCCACGCUAUCAAUUCCUGUGGGGUCCAAGAGCUUAUGCAGAAACCAGCAAGAUGAAAGUCCUGGAGUUUUUGGCCAAGGUGAAUGAAACCACCCCCAAUAACUUCCCACUCCUUUAUGAACAGGCUUUGAGAGAUGAAGAAGAGAGAGCUGGAGCCCAGCCCAGAGUUGCAGCCAGGCGUGGUACUACAGCCAUGACUAGUGCGUAUUCCAGGGCCACAUCCAGUAGCUCUUCCCACCCCAUGUGAGAUCUAAGGCAAAUUGUUCACUUUGUGGUUGAAAGACCUGCUGCUUU